CUUUUCGCUUUGCUUUCCAUACUUUGCAACAACAACAACAAAAAAACGACACACUUCGCACGAGACAGUGGUGUUAGGGUGUGAGAACAGAGAACGUGAAGAUGGUAGGUGACAGGACAAAGAAGCUGAAAGUUGCAGAGAAUUUGGAGGAUAUCGACGGAGAACUCGUUCUCUCCAUCGAGAAGUUGCAGGAGAUCCAAGACGAACUCGAAAAGAUCAAUGAGGAGGCAAGUGACAAAGUCCUCGAAAUAGAGCAGAUGUACAAUGAGAUAAGGAAGCCGGUUUACAAUAAGAGAAAUGAAAUCAUCAAGUCUAUUCCUGACUUCUGGUUGACUGCUUUUUUGAGUCAUCCUACCCUUGGUGAACUUCUGAACGACGAAGAUCAAAAGAUAUUUAAGUAUUUGGAUUCUCUUGAGGUUGAAGAUCAUAAAGAUGUCAAAUCAGGCUACACAAUCACCCUUAAUUUCAAUCCCAAUUCCUAUUUUGAGGAUUCAAAGCUUACAAAAACUUUUACCUUCCUCGAAGAAGGUACAACAAAGAUUACUGCUACCCCCAUAAAAUGGAAAGAGGGCAAGGGAAUUCCCAAUGGAGUCGAUCAUGAGAAGAAAGGAAACAAGCGGGCUCCUAUUGAUGUUAGCUUCUUUAGUUGGUUUAGUGACUGUGAGCAGAAAGAUGAUAUGGAUGACAUCCAUGAUGAGGUUGCAGAAUUAAUCAAGGAUGAUUUAUGGCCAAAUCCACUCACCUAUUUCAACAAUGAGCCUGAUGAAGAGGAUGUUGAUGAUGAAGCUGAUGAUGAGGGAAAGGAUGAGGCUGACUCCGAAGAUGAUGAGCAAGAGGAUGAUGACGAUGACGGUGAGGAUGACGACGACAAUUGAAAAAUGCAUUAUGGUGGUGUUACCUGUUUAUUUUUCUAUGUAACUAGGCUUUUUGGCAUGGUGACCAUGGCCAUUCAUUCGAGGUAUUAACUUAUGUCUGCAGGUAGAGCUACCAAGGCCAGUUAGUCGAUAGCUGAACAUAAUCUAUUAAUUAACCUGUGAAUUUAUUUAUGCUGGUUUCGCCCUUCAUGCACUCUGUGAUACUAGUGGUAUUAGGCUUUUUCUCUUGGCUCUUUAUUGGGGAACUACGUAGUCAAAUUACAGUAUUUGGUGUAUAGCUGUUUGCAUUUCUUAGCAUGAAGGAUUACUAUUGAAGGCAUUUUACUGGUAUCCAAUAUCAUUUCAAUGCUAUUCCUUAUGUUUUCCUCCCACCUGAUGACUAUUUUUGGAAUGAGUGUUCCUUCCAUUUUCUUCUUAGAAGUAGUGAUGAAUAAUAGAUUAAUUCAUAUAGUGUUGUCAAAUAGCUGCUUUCCCGCCGUGGUGUGGCAGAAUUUGAGCAAACUGCCAUCAGACAUGCAUGGCGUUGAGGGUUCUGCGUGCUGGCUGCUUUUAUCAUGGGUCAUGGCGGUUAUUGACAGUCCUAGGCGGAAUUAACAGCUUGGACUUCUUUUUUUUAAAACAAAAAUGGGCAUUGUUUUGAAAGAGAUAUAUGAAAUCCCAACAGUGUGGAGCAGCUAUGACGUCCUUUGCAAACGGAAUGAACUCCAUAUCCACCAUCUCCUACGACUGUGCUAACUGUCCUACCCAUCUUUGGCAAAUAAUCCAUAUUUGAACCUGAAGGGACUCCAUUUUCCUUUCUACUUUGUGUUGUGUCUCUUCCACAAUUUCUUCUGAUCUUUGAUUCUCUUUGGUAACAACAAUUUGUGCCGCUAUUCUCUCUAAUUCUCUAUUUCUUUUAUUUCCCAUGUUCUUUGUUCCUCCUUUUUUACGCUUUCUGGGUAGGUUUUCUGUUCCUGACUCUGACUGUAAUUUGAUUGUUCCUCU